UUGUCUCUUUCUAGAGCAACAGUUGGGAAAAGACAAAGAGCGAAUGAAGCUGAGCUUAAAGUUAAACAACGUAAAGUUAAACAACCGGGACUUAGGACCAGUUUAAUUUAUCUCUGCCUCUUUCUAGAGCAACAGUUGGGAAAAGACAAGGAACGAACGAAGCUGAGCUUAAAGUUAAACAACGUAAAGUCAAGCAACCGGGCCUCAGGCGUCGCUUCAAUUUUGAUUUAAUCUUUCGUCUCUUUUUAAAGUUCGUCUCUCUCUGAAGUAACAGGGUUGGGCAAAGAUAAAGAACGUAGUGAGCCAAGCCCAAAGUUGAACAACGCAGGUGAAAUUUAGCCUUAAAUCGGCUAAAAACGAGACUUCGGCGCCCGAACGGCCCGCACGGCGGCCGAGCGCGCAUUUGAAAAUGGCGGGCGGCGUCACGUGAUCGCCGACCCGCUCACCGAGUGCGUGCCCGCUCUCCGGACCGUCCCCGUUGCGUGUAUACGUGAGGAAGGAGCUCGAUAACAGCGAUAUAUAGCUCGGCGAAGUCAGCUGACGCCAGGAUGCAAUCGCCCGUCGCCCGCGGACUGUAAUGAGAUCGCUCCGUUGUCGCGUGAGACCGUAAGGAUCGCAUUCGCGGAAGGAACCGCGCGUUCUCGCAUCUCGCCGCGAGCCGUCAACGAGUUGGAGCAAGUUGCGCGAGGGACUCGUGGAAACUUGGGCUAGCUGGGCCGAAGGGAGCACGGGAGGCCACCAUGCCGCUCAGCGCAGACAUAUCCACGGCGCUCCACCUGCUGGAGCACGUGCAGGAACGGGUGGAGGACUGCGACGAUCCUAAGCUGCAGAUGCACACGCAGCAGGACCUCAAGUCGUUGAUCUCGCUGCUGGAGGACCCGGUGUUUCGCAGCAUCGUCACGAUCCAGGACUCGCUGAUCGAGCUCAACACACAGCUGACGCAUCAUCCGUCGAUCCUGCCCGGCGACUUCGACAUCAACAUCAGCGGGCAGCUGGAGCUCUCGGUGCCGAGCACCCCGGUGCAGCCUCUCGGGCCGAGCAUGUAUCAGGAUCUUUACCAGGACAGCAGCGAGCUGGAGGACCAGCGGGUGCCCGUCGCGCCGCUGUUGCACAGCAGCAGCGAGGACACGAGCGCGCAGGUUACCAGCCCCAGCCUGGUCUCGGAAGUUAUGGGAAUGCCGCCUAUAACCACCCCUACUUACGCGAAGGAGUUCAAGAAGGUCAUCGAAGCCGCGGCGAAAGGGCGGCAGAUAUUCACGGUGCAGCUGUACAAGCCGGAAGGUACCAGCUUGGGAUUCAGCGUGGUCGGACUUCGCAGCAAGGACAAGGGCGAGCUCGGCAUAUUUCUACAAGAGAUACAACCGAACGGCAUCGCGGGCAGCGACGGUCGACUGCUAGAGGGAGAUCAAAUAUUGGCGAUCGAUGGGCAGCCCUUAGACUCGAACAUCUCCCAUGAGCAGGCGAUCUCGAUUCUUCAGAAGGCCCGUGGUCUGGUUGAGCUAGUCGUAGCAAGAAGCGCCCAAGACGUUGGGAGCUCUUUGCCAACGGAUGAAUUGUCCGGUGGUUCGAGUUCGACAGCGGCCGCAGGAGCAGCGUCGUCCAUCGUCGGCGGCGGCGGCGGUGCCGUUGCUGGGAACAACCAGACAGGCUCCGACAAGGAUCAAUCGGUGUCAGCAUCGUCCACCGUCGUUACACCGGGACCGACUCCGAAGUCAAGCCAACCGGCCAGCACCACUUCGGCGGCGACCCCGACGCCCACGAAUACGCCAACACCUACGCCGACCUCGACACCGGUACCUGGAGGCCUCGUUAUCGAAAGGAGCCCCUCCGCCGUCAGCGACACCUCCAAGAGUGGCUCUGACAUGGUGUUGAAUACGGAAUGGGCUCAAGUUGAAGUGAUAAAUCUCAUCAACGAUGGCAGCGGUCUUGGAUUCGGCAUCAUCGGCGGACGCAGCACCGGCGUCGUCGUCAAGACCAUUCUUCCAGGAGGCGUUGCCGAUCGCGAUAAUCGACUCCAGAGCGGGGACCACAUAUUGCAGAUCGGCGAUGUCAAUCUCCGUGGGAUGGGAAGCGAACAAGUUGCCGCGGUUUUACGGCAGUCGGGCACCCACGUGCGGCUGGUCGUCGCGCGACCUGUGGAGCCAACUUCUCCGGAUUAUCAGGCUCUCGGAAGUCACGCCCCGAUCGUACCCACGAAAAUCCUGGGGGAUCCGGACGAGCUGGACAGACAUCUGGUGCACAGCGUGCCGGAGAGCUACAACAUGCGGCACGUGCAGAGGGGCGACACCAGCUACGACAACGGCUACAUGUACUCGCAGGAGUCCGACAUUGAAAUGCACGCAAGACCCGGUCUCAUCAUGGACGUGGUACGCAACCCAAUGCCAAUUGGAGCGAUGCCAGUUAUACCGGCGGUGCCACUUCCGGUGCAGCUCCAGAAUCUCCCGGUGCUCACCAUGGAGCCCCUCGACAUUAAUUCACUGCCAGAGAUGGAGCGCUUCGAGGUCGAUCUCACGAAGGACGCUUACGGCCUCGGGAUCACUAUCGCUGGAUACAUUUGCGAAGAAGAGGAACUCUCUGGUAUCUUCGUUAAGAGCAUUAGCGAGGGUAGCGCGGCCCAUCUGAGCAAGAAGAUUCAGAUUUACGAUCGAAUAGUGGAGGUCGACGGGCACUCCCUGCAGGGCUACACUAAUCACGAGGCCGUUGAAGUGUUAAAACGCACGGGGCAAACGGUGACCCUAUGCUUGGAGCGAUACCACCGUGGACCAAAGUUCGAGCAGCUCCAGCAAGCGAUAGCCGCGGACGAGUUGAGAUUACCUCAGCCGAGCUCACCAUCGAUAACGAGCCUACCUAGUUUCCCCAUGAGCGCGGAUGGGGAGACUACCACCGAAAUCGAGCCGGAAGGUGAAUCCCAUACUACCGUGGACAGCGCGAUUCUGCAGGAAGGUUUACGAACGUCCGACGACCAGGACGGAGCGAGCAACGUCGAGGCUCUAUUGAGCGACCCGUCGAGCGAGCUAACGCCUCAAAUUCGCGCAGCAAUCAAGGCGAAAUGGCAGAAGAUCGUCGGGCCCGACACCGAGAUAGUGGUCGCACAGCUGAAGAAGUUCGCCGAAGGUAGCGGCCUCGGGAUUAGCUUAGAGGGGACGGUCGACGUGGAGAACGGCCAGGAAGUAAGGCCUCAUCACUAUAUACGUUCGAUUCUACCGGAGGGCCCCGUCGGACAGAACGGCACGCUGCGCUCCGGCGACGAGUUACUAGAGGUAAACGGCUACCGUUUAUUGGGCAUCAAUCAUAUGGAAGUGGUUAGCGUGCUGAAAGAGUUGCCUAUACACGUUCGUAUGGUUUGCGGAAGAAACAUCGCCUCGCAGGAUCCACUUUGUCCCAUCGACACCGCUCAGCACCAGGCCGCUUUCCAGACUAGAAGCAUCCUCGGUGGGUCUCUGCAAAACUUGUUGCCCACGAUGGAUCGCCUUGUGAAAGCAAAGUCGGACGGUUCCUUGGCUUCGACGACGACCACAGCUACGGUGACGGACGCGAGUCUAAAUAAAAUGAAGUCGCGCUCGUUGGAACCGCUAACCGGUCUGGCGAUGUGGAGUUCCGAACCGCAAAUUAUCGAAUUGGUUAAAGGAGAGAGGGGCCUUGGGUUCUCCAUUUUGGAUUAUCAGGAUCCAAUGAACCCCAACGAAACUGUGAUAGUAAUACGAUCGCUCGUGCCCGGCGGGGUGGCACAGGUCGACGGGCAGUUAAUACCGGGCGAUCGGCUUCUGUUUGUGAAUGACAUCGGAUUAGAGAACGCAACACUGGACCAGGCCGUGCAGGCCCUCAAAGGCGCCCCGAAGGGGACCGUUCGCAUCGGCGUGGCCAAGCCGCUGCCAAUACCAGACAGUAUUGUCCAGCAGAGGGUAACACCGAAGAUCAAACGGAGCAAAAGUUUCCCCAACGAGAGCGAGACGACCGACCAUGUGGCCGAGCUUGAAGACCUGCUCUCCUCGAGAUCAGGACUGACCGAAGCCUCGACGAACAAACCGGAGGUCGACGAGGACGAGGAGGAGGACGAGGACCAGUGGAAGGACGCUUCUCCGGUGACGCCGAUCUGCAGCCCGGCCAGGCGGCCCGCCAAGCUGUAUCGCGACAAACGCUCGCCGACCCGAUACAUCGACGUCGACAACGACGUCGAGAUCAUCCACGAAUUCUAUCCCACCACGUCCAAGACGAUGCGGGAGGAGACGAGCAUCGUGUCGUACGGCGGCACGAUAAUCGUGGAGACGACGAGGAUACCCAGGCACACCAAGGACGUGCCGGCGAGGAUGGAGAAGGUAGCGCCGAAGGUGAAGUUAAAGAAGCAGUCGUCCCUGGAGUUGGAUCGCGUGCCACCCGUACAAGAGGAGCCGUCCUCGAGCGCGGAGGAUGCGUCCAGGGUCACCGCGAUGACGAGGUCGGUGGAAGAAGCGGAGCGGGAACGCGGCAAGAACCUGAAGCGUCACAGCAGCGCGGAAUCCGAAGGGCGAACGUCCACGUCGAGGGAGACGGUGGAGAAGUCGGACACGUCGUCGGAGAAGGGCGCGAAGAAGAAGAUUUUCGCGGAGAAGGCGGACGGUAAGAAGCGAUCGAAGAAGUCGGUCAAGACCGAGCGGAAGGCGGAGGAGGAUCCGUCGAGGCGGAAACCCGAGGGCGAGGAGUCCGCGAGGAAAGGCGAGGAGACUUACCGGCGAUCGAGGGAGGAGAGGAAGAGCCUGAAGGAGCAGGAAUGCAUCGAGAGGGUGACGGAAUUCCUGACGAGGCACAGCAUUCCGUCUUAUUCUGAUGUAAAUGUUGGCCUCGAAACCGCCCAGCCCUCCGUUCCCGAGGUCGUCGACGAGCAACUGGAGCAACGAGUCAAACGUCCAGCAGCUAUUAGUAAAGAAGACGAGAGCGCGGGCCUCUCGACGACAAUCGAAACGUCCGCCGUGUCUACAAAGAGGAGGGAGAGCCUGAAAAGUGUAUCCGAGGUGGUGGAGGAAACGAAGGAUUCUCUAGGAGGCUCAAAACUCGCAAAGGGUCUCCCGGAGGGCAGGAAACAACGGCCAACUUUGGAGCGAGCCGCGGCAGCCGUUUCAGAAGUUCGGCAGCCCGAGUCGGCAGCUCAGGCGCCCGCGAAACGACCGAGCUCGUUGAGAAAAAGGAGAGACUCCUUCUCCAGAGAGUCCUCGAGGGAAUCGUUGUUGGAGGAGAAAAAAGGUGUCAGGAUUCAAGAGGACGUACAGGAGAUCUUCUUCGACGAUACGAGCGAUCAGGUUAGCGAUCUGCUGCCGGAGGUCCAGCUGGUGACUGCCAGGAUCAUCACGGCGGAAGAGGCGUCGGCGCUUCGCUUCGAGGAGGCGGCCGCCAGAAUCGAGAUCCACUCGCCGCCGGAAGUGUACCUCGUGCCAGAAACGAUUAGAACGAAACUGACGCGGGCGCCGUCGCCGGAAAUCGUCGACGUCUCGUCGCUGCAGCUGCCCGCCUUGGCGAAAUCGACGUCGGAGAGCACUUUGGCGGAAGGCAGGCCCAGCUCCGACGAGGAUCGCAAAGUCUCCGUGAGAAAUCUCAGGCCGGAGAUACUUUGGGAUCUAUCGAAGGUCUCUGACAACGGCGACGGGGUCGCGGAGACGGGCGAGGACGUCAUAGAUAAGCGGCUCAGCAGAACCGGAAGCGAGGGCUCCAAGAGAUUAGCCAAGGAUCAGAAGCAAGAACAAUUUCCCUUCAAAAUUGGCAGCCUCGCGCAGCCAGACAGACCAGAACUGACGAUCCUGCACGAAGGCCUGACGGAGAAGGCAGCGAGUGUCGGAGACAUCACGAGGAAGGUUACAACGGAGGAUGGCGGCGUUUUAGGCGAGUUCGAGGCGCGACGCGAGUCCAGGGGAUCCGUCCGCGUUCCGAAGGACCUCGCGAUUCCGGCGCAGGAUUCCCGCAGGGAGGAGCAAAAGGGGCCGUUAUCGCGGCAAGAGGUCGAAGAGGACGCGAGGGAGGCGCGUGAUUAUGAACAGGCCGCUCCGCGGGAGAAACCCUCGCCGUCGCUGGAGGAAGCGGUUCGCAAGCACGAGGAGGAUCUGAUCUGCAAGGAGCACUCGCUUGAGUAUCAGAGUCAGACGCUCGAGAGCCAGUCGGACCAUCUGUUCCACGAGGUGUUCACCACCUCGCUCGACGAUCUGCUGACGACAGUGCCCGAAAGUUGGACCCGCCAAGUUUACGAGGAGAGCCUCGACGACGUCGAGCGGAGCUACAAGGAGACGCAGUACUCGCCCAAGGAGAAGCGUGAUGUACAGACGCAGACUGUGCAGGAAUCGAAGAGCACGCAGUGCAGCCCCGAGCAGAGCGUGACGAGCCCGUGCGAGGAGCCGCCCAGGAUCAGCCCCUUCCACAUCGGCCAGAGAUACUUCCAGAGUCCCAGAAGGGAAGUGCAGACGCAGACUCAGGGCGAGAACAAGAGCGUCCAGUGCUCGUUGGACGAUCUGAGCGAUCUCGCGAGAGGCGAGGCCGCGGAACAGGAGUCGAAGAGCGUUCAGUGCAUCCCGGAGGACAUCUCCGCGAGGUCGUCCGACAGGUCGAGGUCCUCCUCCCGCGAGGACGCCCUGCGCAGCCCGCGACGCGAGGUCGAGGUACAGACCUACCAGGAGUCGAAGGCGAUCCAAUGCAGCGACGACGAGCUGCGAGAGGCUGAUCAAGCGAGCGACGAUCGCCCGGAGCACGCGCGACUAAGCAGACCAGCCAGCUCGCCCUCGUCGAGCUCGAGUUCGCCGCGCAAGUUCCCGACCGUCGUCUUCGUGGAGGGCAAGGGGGACAUGACCGUUACGCACAGGGAGCACGAUGGCGACGUCACCUGGUCGAGGCACUGGGGUCCCGAGAGAUUGGUGGAGAUAUAUAGAGAGCCGAAGGCCAGCCUAGGGCUCAGCAUUGUUGGCGGAAAGGUCGAUCUGCAUAACGGCGGGCCCAGCAAGACGCAGAACAUUUCCGGGAUAUUCAUAAAGAAUGUUCUGCCGAACAGUCCGGCCGGCAGAACCGGCGGUCUCAAGAUUGGAGAUAGAAUAAUCGAGGUGGACGGCGUCGACCUGCGGCACAGCACGCACGAGCGUGCGGUGGAAGUUAUACAGGCCUCCGGAAAUCCUGUCAGCCUCCUCGUCCAGUCCCUGGUGAAUUUGAGCCCAGAGCACGGCGGCGCCGUCCAGGAGGAAAGGGAUACCAAAGCCCGAAGGCAGACUGUCAAGAGUCAUACAUCGUCGUCUUCUGGCGUCAGUCCUGGAGCGCCGUCGGCCUCCUUUCGCCAUAAACCACCGCCGGUCUCGCCCGCGAGAUCCAUCACGCCGGAAGUGAUACAGCCAGGACUCGAGGACGGCGCAUCACGCGGGGACUCCCACAGACAAAGCUCGAAAAGUUCGGAUGGCUCGGCUGCCGGCGCGCGAAGAUCCUCCAUGAAGAAGUCAAUUCGCAAAACUGCCCCGCCGCCCCCCGUGAACCAGGGUAUCCUCCGCGAGGUCAGCGAGGAACGGGAGGAUCACGCGUCCCCCGCCGUCGCGGAACCUCCCUUAAAGCCCAAGUACUCCUCGGACGAGAGUUCAGACGAGGACGAGGAGGACACGCGUAUGCUGGAGGGAAAUGUCUACACGAAGAGCGGCUUCGAGAUCUCGCGGAAGAGCGCCGGAAACGUGAAGCGCACGAAGCCGGAAAUCGAGGCGGAUCCGGAGGAAGAGGACGAGUUCGGCUACACGGCCAUGAAGAUACAGAAAAAGUAUCGGAAUCUCGGGCACAAGGUGCUGAUGGUCACCGUCGAGAAGGACAGGCGGGGAUUGGGCAUCUCUCUGGCGGGACAUAAGGACAGGAACCGAAUGGCGGUGUUCAUCUGCGGUCUCAAUCCGAAGGGGCCAGCUCACAAGAACGGCGGGCUUCUCAUCGGCGACGAGAUAUUGGAGAUAAACGGCUGCGUGUUGCAAGGACGAUGUCAUCUGAACGCUUCCGCGCUUAUCAAAGGCAUGGCCGGUACUCUGUUCAAAAUCAUCGUUUAUCGACGAUCGAAGGCUGUCGACGACAUCGCCGUAAAGCCGAUAGUCCAAUUUCCACCAACCUUGGAUGACGUUUGUAUAGACUUCACGAAGUACAAGGGAGUCCGCGACGUUCGGGUGAAGAAGAGUCAGUACGGCCUUGGCAUAAUGAUUAUCGAAGGGAAACACCUGGCUGUAGGACAAGGUAUCUUCGUGUCCGACAUUCAAGAAGGCAGCGCCGCGGAACAGGCUGGAUUGCUAGUGGGCGACAUGAUCCUGGCCGUUAAUCUGGACAGCUUGUUAGGCCGCACGUACGAUGAGGCGACGGAGUUGUUGAAGAAAGCGGAGGGUGUCGUGAAACUAGUCGUUUGCAAUCCUAACGAAAAUAAAGAAGAGAAGGAAAAGGGCAAGAGUCAGGAACUCAAGGACUCUUCAAUUUCCGCACAGAAAACUCCACAAAAGAGUGGAACACCGGCGACCGGCAAGGAACCGGUGGAGCCCGAGGAGAAGAAAGUCCGGCAGGAUCCAAAGACCUGCAAGGUAGAGGUCGGCAAGGAAGUAACGAUAGAGUUUCAGAAGGACAAGAAUCAAGGCAUAGGUUUCUACAUCGCUGGCGGCUCUAACACGCCUUGUAAUGGAGUAUUCGUUUUGGACGUAUCUCCCGAAGGCGCAGCUGGGAAGGACGGUCGGUUGCAACCAGGCGAUCAGAUACUCAACAUAGGCAGCGAUAGCUUCACGGAAAUAGAGCACGACAAAGCUCGCGAGACACUCCUGAAACAAGCUCCUGGGACUAUCACGAUGUCGGUGUUGCGCCACGAGAAACCAACCGAGGAAUACGAGGUCGAGAUACAGAAGAAGAGCGGCAAGGGAGCUGGUCUCUGUUUCGCCGCGUUCUGGAGCAACAAGGGGGUCUACGUGAAGGAGCUGACAGCGGGCGGCCAGGCCAUCGAAACCGGCAAGAUCUGCAAGGGCGAUCAACUCGUGGCGAUCGGCGGACUGGACGUUCGCGACGCUUCCCUCGACGACAUCGCCUUUCACAUGAAGAUAUCUAAUCCGCUGCAAAUGAAGCUAGCUAGGUACCAUUCCGCCAAACAAUGACAGGGUUCUGCGGGCGGAACUCCCAGCGGGUGUCCCGACGUGCGAAGAAGCGCCCGCAGGCACCGUGGAUCCUAGUGUGAUAUACAUAGGUAAAAUAACGUCUCGACUAACCGUACGAGAGCACCUUUGUUACGAGAGCCGCGCGAAAUGGCGCGGCUCGUUCUAUUAUUUACACGCCAGCGUCGCCAAUCGAUCUUGCCGUUUCGAGCUCACGGACUCGCGUGCGACACGAGACGCGAGGCAGAGAGGUGGAACGAGGAAGACGGAGCACGGAAGAGCGCGAUGACUCACAAAGAGUACACAUCAAUCCGGAUCCAGGAGCCGGCGGAGGGAAGGAUAUUUUUUUCCCCCGUAAACAGCUCGGGGUAGAGGGUGAAACCGAAUCGAGUGAAAUCCCGUCGAUGCCGUCGAUCGAGUCCGUAAACAAUUCCGUCUGCCGGUGUUCGCGCUCGUGCAAGUAGCCGAUACGAAGUAUCUUAUAGACAUACAUACACAUACGUUAUGAUUAUAAUCGUAUAGCGAGGUAAUACGUUAUCGCCGAGACGAGAGUUCAAUAACGGCGAGAGGGUUUCGUCUCGUUCGGCAUAGGAAGGCCGGUAGGACAGGUAAAUCGAUAAUAAUUGGCGGGUCUGCAAUCCCUCGAGGCUCAUGAAGGGGUGGAAAGGCGCUGGAUCGCCCGGAUCCGGUCUUUUCUCUUUGGAUUUCGCCGUAUCCCCUUGCAUCCCCGAUACAAAAUCGAAUUCGCUUGUACAUUUCGUACCGCAUCUUGCGUACAUUUUAAGGCGGGCAGAAAUAGGUAGGAUCGACCGUGUAGGACCGCGCGUUUUCUCGACAAGUGAGACAUUUUUCCUCGUUCCUUAUUGUUUCCUUUCUACGAUAAGACUCUAGUCCAGCCCGAGAUCGACGCUUCGGCGUUUCUCGCCUUAAUUAUCUCUCGCUCGCGUCGCGGCCGCUCCCGCCGCCGUAGCGUUAUUACUGUCGCAUAUUGUAUUUUUUAAUAUUAAUAAGAAGCACGCACGGAGCGAUAUGCGAGCCACGUCGGAGGAUGUGCGCGCAUCUACCGUUGCGAAAGGCUCUUCUCAUCCGCCCGGGCUUGAGAUAAGGCACGUCAAAUUGCGGUAAAUCCCGCACAAGUUGGAAAUCUAUGUGAGGCGCAGCAUUAAUUCACAAAUCGACAAAAGCGAAACGAUGCGUUAGCGAAUCGCUGUAUCACCGAUGGACUUUACUUUGCGUAACUCACGCGCGGACAUCGUCCAGGGUGGCUCGCACGUAUCGGAGUAUCAAUCAGCGUAGAAUAUAUAUCGCCUAAAGGACGUUAGAGAUAAGGCAAAGCGGAGGCACACACAUACACACAUCCCUCUCGAACGUAGACCGACGAACACGGGGAGCGGUCGCGUCAAAUGUCGAAGCGUCGAUCGAGAGGAUCAUUUAGCUGUAAGUGCUUGGAGACGCGCGCUCGACGUACAAUCGUGAUGUUUCUCAGCACGAAAUGGAUAUCAUCCCGAGUGUUCAAGCGUUUCUUUAGGCGACGCGUCGAAAAGCUAGACUGGCUUGUUGAGUACACAUAGUUAAAUUAAAUCCUACCGUGUAACUAGUCCUUAUACCAUAGCUUAGAGAUUUUCAGAGAGCGAGGACGAGAGGGAGAGAAAAAUAAAUAUAAAAAGAGAUAUUAUAUAUAUACAUAUAUAAAUA